AUGGGUUUCAGUGACUCAAUCGGCCUACAAGGCGAAGAGGAACAUAUUCUGACUGAGCAUGAUGGUGAGGAAGACUUAGAGUUAAAAGCCAGACGUUUUCACUUCUACAAUGCAAAGGCAUUUUUACUCACCUCUAGUUCGGUUAUCAACGACAGCGUAUAUGAACACAUGGUGAAAUUUAUCAAGUGCAUACUUAAGAACGGUGAGGAAAGCAGGUUGAAUGACACAGAACAGCUAAGCCGCUUCAUAAAAAGACGACUACAUGAUUUCCUUGGUGAACAAGUGAACACGGUAGAUGAUCUCUCUCCAGAAAGACGCAUUGCGUUCUUGCACAAGGACAAAUAUCAGCAGCCGAUAAAGAAAAGUGCGGUUGCUUCUGACACUGAAUCUUCAGCUAUUGCCAUUCCUGACAUCACCGGUAUACUUAAUGCCUUUAUGCAUGCCGGAAUUGGUAACACUCCGUUUGACCAAUCAUCUUCCGUUAGGUUUUUACAUGAUUGA